AUGUUCCGCAUCGAGAGGCCCAGGUGCCAUAGGACCAUAAGCGACCACCUCCACCAGUCCACAGCAUCGAAAUCUUUAUCGGGGAUGGAGGCACCUACGACAGCGCCUACCACGACGACACCAGCAGCCCCUGGAGGGUCUAGACGACCCAAUAACAGACGAAACCGUGGCGGAAAACCAAGCGGUGGCGUCCAGCGCAACGACGGACAAGCAGCAGGACCGUCGACCGACGCAGCUGAGGGAAGCAACCAAGCGUCCAAUCGAAGCAACACCGAGGGCGGCCAGAGUCGCCGAGGACCACCUAGACGACGAAACCCCAACCGGCCUCCUCAACAAAAGCAGCCUGGCGCAACCGAUGGGGUUACAGCAGACGGCGCACCCACCACCACGACCUCAGGGUCUAAACCGAACCCUAACCGACGCCGGCGACCACCACGGAAACCUCAAUCCACCAACGCCUCUGAAACCGGAAGCCAACACGGCAGCGAACGAUCCUCAUCGAAACCACCUGCUAAUCGACGCGCCAAAUUUGGUGGGAAGCUUACUCAAGAAGGAGGGGAGAAGGAGAGUGCGGAUGGAAAGGGCAAAUCGAGCGCUAAAAAGCCUGCAGAGCGAUACAAAACGUCUAAUCCGCUUGGGGAUGACCUGGCCUCGACGUUGAUCCGCUCUCUGAGCACGCCUCCGUACCCCGAUUGCCCCAUCUGUUUCUCAAGCAUCCACCCUUCCCAAGCGAUCUGGUCCUGCUCCCCUCUUAUCCCCGUCAUCCCCGUCCAAGAAGGCGCAGAAGCACAGUACUGCUGGACGCCAUUCCACGUCGGAUGCAUCAAGUCGUGGGCAGCCAAGAGCGUCAAGGAUGUCGCUGAAGCGUGGAGAGCCCGAGGCGAGCUCGAUAAACAUGGGGAUUGGAGGUGUCCCGGAUGCCAGGCAAAGCGCGAGAUCAUCCCAUCUGGCUACCGAUGCUUCUGCGGAACAGUCCCAGAACCCAAACUCGCGCGCCUCUCGACACCCCACUCAUGCGGUCAACCCUGCGCCCGUGUACGCGAAAGUGGAUGCGGUCAUCCCUGCCCCCUCCUCUGCCAUCCAGGUCCCUGCCCGCCUUGCCAAGUCACCUCCCACUUUAAAUGUUACUGCCCAAGGAAAACAGUCCUCUCCUUCCGUUGCGGCGUCGGCAAGGGUAAACGCGACCUUUCAUGCGGCCAAAUCUGCGACCGACCACUCAACUGCGGGAAGCACGCCUGUACAUCCAAAUGUCACGACGGAGACUGUGCGGCGUGUGCAAUCGUUGAGACCGUCAAGUGUUAUUGUGGCAAGCACGAGAAGGAGAUGCUUUGUGGAGAAGGUCGUGCAGUCGACUGUUUUGUAGAAGGGCAGACACCCUGGAUUGGACGAUACGCAUGCGAAGAGACGUGCGAGAGGCCUUUCGACUGCGGUGUCCACACCUGUCAAAAGCCGUGCCAUCCACCCUCUGCAUCCCCAGCGCCCUGUCCCCGCUCGCCAACCAAAGUCACGCACUGCCCCUGCGGAAGAAAGACCAUCGCGCCUCCAGGAGACUCAUCCUCCGCGUACGACUUCUCCUCCCGCCCCUCGUGCCAAGCACCCAUCCCCACUUGCACUUCCCCCUGCUCCAAACCCCACCCAAGCUGCAACCACCCCUGUGAGAAACCCUGCCACGACGGGCCCUGUCCACCCUGCACAGUCCCCAUCACCCGCCCCUGCCGCUGCGGCUCCACCACCCGCAAAAUCCCCUGCCACGAAGCAUACACCACCUCGCUCACCGCAACCGCUUCCAAUGCGGACAUCAUCGAGGGGAAAACGCAGACCCUCGUCCACGAAGUCGAGUUCCUCUGCGAACGCCCCUGUCCAGUUCUUCGUGCAUGUGGGCAGCAUCAGUGUAACAGGAUAUGUUGCCCCUUGGCAUCGCUCGCUGCAGUGACGAACAAGAAGGGAAAGAAGAAGGCGGCUGCGAUGGAUCCUUCGACCGCACCUGGGACUGAACGCGGUGGGUUGCACGAGUGCGAUUUGGUUUGUGGUAAACCCUUGUCAUGUGGGAAUCAUAGAUGCGAGGAGAGGGACCAUAGAGGACCUUGCCCGCGUUGUCUGCGAAGUUCUUUCGAGGAGCUCUUCUGCGCCUGCGGCCGUACAGUUCUCGAACCACCCGUCCCCUGUGGUACCAAGAUUCAAUGCAGCUAUCCUUGCACACGCCCUCCACCGCCCUGCGGCCAUCCCCGAACCAUCCACGCCUGCCACGACGACGACCAGCCUUGCCCGCCCUGCCCGCACCUCACAAACAAACAGUGCGCAUGCGGCAAGAAGAGCGUACCCAACGUGAAGUGCUCUCUGGCGAAUGAGAAAGUGUCUUGUGGGACUAUUUGCGGAAAAUUGAUGCCCUGUGGAUUCCACCACUGCCAAAGCCUAUGCCAUAGCGGCAACUGUGGGUCAUGCACCGCUCCCUGUGGCAAGAACCGUAAACUAUGCCUUCCUGAACACCACCCUUGCACGCACUCCUGCCACGCUCCCUCAGCCUGCCCCGAAACCGACCCCUGCGAGGCCAUCCUCUCCAUCACCUGCCCCUGCGGCCGCCUCAAACAAGCCACCAAAUGCGGCAAAUCCCUCUCCAAUCCCGCUGGCCACCAGCCGCCUACGGUGAAAUGCACCACCGAGUGCAGCAAGGCGGCCAGGAAUGCGCGGUUGGCCGAGGCGUUGGGGAUUAACCCUGAUAAAGAUAAGGAGGCCGCGAGGGUUAGUUAUUCGGAUGAGGUUGUUGCGUUUGCGAGGGCGAAUAUGAAGUUUGUGCCGGUUGUUGAGAAAGCGUUUGCAGACUUUGUAAACUCGGAGAAGAGACACCAGGUGCUACCACAUAUGACACCCGAGAAACGCAAAUUCGUAAACGACCUCGCGGCGGUGUACCGAAUGGAUACGCAGAUGAUAGACCAGGAACCAAACAGGAGUGUCCAACUCAUCCGUCGAAUCGACACCCGAAUCCCAACACCAACACUCUCGGCCUACCUCGCAUCCACCGCUCCAAACCUCGGCAAACUCACCGACCUACGUACACUGCGACACGGGACUCCUCCCUCUCCCGGCCCUCUAGGGACUCUGGGCUUCACCCCCGCCUCAGCUUCGUCCUCCUCGUCAAGCACUAUGGGCUCGGCAUGGCGAACCUCCACGCCCUCGUCGGGGUUCAACGCAGUAGCAGCUGCCGUCCUCAAGAACCCGACUUAUCUGAACGUCAAUGCCCCGAAACCACAGCCGUCGAUGGGGAGGGAGUGGACGUCGGUUGUGCGGCCUACGGCUGGUGGGAGCUCGGUUCCUCUUGCUGCUGUGGCUGGAGGCAGUAGUAGUACCAGUGGAAGUGGAUUGUCGAGUUCAGGCUCUCGCUUGGCUUCAGCGGCAGGAAGUGGUAGUGCUUCUGUUACUCCUUCUGCUCCGCCAUCGAGAUACGUGACGCCUGCGCUGAGGGGCGCCGUCGAGUCGUCUCAAGCAGUGCCUCCUCCUGCAGAGCCUGUAGCGGAGAACUGGGAAGAUGACGAUCCUUAG